AUGCAUCCAGAUAUACCUGAGUACAAAUUUUACUUCGCACAGUCUUUAUACGAAGCCUCUAUGUACGAUGAGGCGUAUAAAGUAACCAUGCAGAUUACGGCUCCGGAACUUGAGAGGAAGGUUAUUAAACUUCAGUCAGCUAUAAAAUAUGGCGAAGAAGACGCUAUAACAGCCAGAGGCCUCGUAGACUCCUACCCUCAAGAUGAUCCCGACAAAGAUAUAAAUCUUGGUUGUCUAUUAUAUAAAGAAAACCAGUUCGAAGAAGCAUUAAGAAAAUUUACAAGGAGUCUAAAUAUAUUGGGAUUUAACGCGCAUUUACAUUACAAUGUAGCAUUAUGCUAUUUUAAAUUGAAAGAGUAUCCGCAUGCGUUGAAACAUAUUACGCUAGUAAUAGAAAGAGGAAUACGGGAUCAUCCAGAAUUAGCUGUAGGUAUGCAAACUGAAACUUCUGAAGUAAAAUCGGUAGGGAAUACACUGACACUUCAUGAAACAGCCCUCACCGAGGUAUUUAACCUUAAAGCAGCAAUAGAAUAUCAGUUAAGGAACGUUGAAGCAUCUAGGGAAGCCCUCUCUGAUAUGCCUCCAAGACACGAACACGAAUUAGACGCUGUCACAUUGCACAAUUUAGCCUUAACAUCCAUAGAUAUAAAACCUACGGAUGGUUUUGAAAAACUACACUUUCUACUCCAACAGGAUCCCUUUCCGGCAGAAACAUUUGCCAACUUGUUGCUAUUAUAUUGCAAAUUUGAGUAUUAUGAUUUAGCGGCUGACGUAUUAGCUGAAAACGCCCAAUUUACUUAUAAAUAUUUAACACCAUAUCUAUACGACUUCUUGGAUGCAAUUAUCACAAGUCAAACUUCACCUGAAGAGGCUUUUCAGAAAUAUGAAGAUAUCGCUUCAAAACACGCGGAGCAGUUGAGAAAACUCACCAAAGUAGUUCAAGAGAGUCGAUCUCAAGGUGAUAAUGACCAAGUUAAGAAAGCCGUAGUGGAAUACGAGGAAGCGUUGGAAAGAUAUAUACCCGUUGUCAUGGCGCAGGCAAAAAUAUAUUGGGAUAGGGAGAACUAUGGGCAAGUCGAAAAAAUCUUCCGUAAAUCUGUGGAAUUUUGCAAUGAAUCCGAUGUAUGGCGUUUAAACGUCGCUCAUGUGCUUUUUAUGCAAGAGAACAAAUACAAAGAAGCGGCCAGUUUCUAUGAACUUAUAGUUAAGAAGCAAUACGAAAAUAUUCUAAAUGUAAGCGCAGUUGUUUUGGCUAAUCUAUGCGUGUCAUAUAUAAUGACAUCACAAAACGAAGAAGCUGAAGACAUAAUGCGCAAAAUAGAAAAAGAAGAAGAACAACAGAUAUUCGAAGAUCCACAGAAAAAGUUCUAUCAUCUGUGUAUUGUGAAUUUAGUUAUAGGCACCCUAUAUUGCGCUAAGGGGAAUUACGAGUUUGGCAUUUCAAGAGUCAUUAAAUCACUUGAACCUUUCAAUAAACGUCUCGGAACCGAUACUUGGUUCUACACGAAACGAUGCUUUUUAUCUUUUCUUGAGAACUUAGCAAAGCACUUAAUAGUAGUUAAAGAUAAUACGAUUAAGGAUUGUCUGCAUUUCUUAGAGGGAUGUGAAACGUACGGACGUCGUGUAAGCACUGUGAUCGAAAAUCCAUUUCAAGAAGAAGACGCUAAUAUUAAAGCCAAAAACACCGUCACUUAUGAGGCCCGACUGCUACGAUACAUGUUCUAUAAGCUCAGAAACAUUGAUGACUCUGUAACUAUUAAUAAAUACGAAGAUCUGAAGUAA